AUGGACAACACCCCGACCGCAGCGCGCACCGAGCAGUCGGCGCUCCCGCCGGCCUACCUCGACCCGCACGCCUACCUCCACCGCGAGCAGUUCCACCGCCAGACGACCUACACCCCGUCGUACGCUCCAGCAGGCACGCUCGAGCCGCAAAUCGUCUCGUACGCCGUCGCCGGCAGCACCUCGAAUCCGACCGCGCCCGUCGUCGUGUGGCUCAACGGCAUGGGCGGCCACCGCCUCGCGGCCACGCUCCUCGACGGCAUCUUUGCGUCGCGCGGCGUGCGCCUCGUCACGCUCGACCGACCGUCGGCCGGCAAGUCGACGCCCGUCCCGCUGCCGUACCGCGUCCCGGCGUCGCUCGACGCGCUCGUCGCCGUCCUCGCCGCCGAGCACGUCUCGACCUUCUCGCUCCUGAGCCACUCGAACGGCAUCCUGUACGCCCUGUACACGCUCCGCCACCUCCCCAAGGACCUGAGCGUGCGCAGCUGGCACCUGUCGUCGCCGUACGUCCCGCCGUGGCUGUCGGGCUCGGUCGCGCUCUCGGCGGCGAGGUGGAUCCCGGCGCCGCUCGUCGGCCAGCUCGGCACGGUCGCCGGCGCCGUGCAGCGUCUCGCGGGCCCGCUUGAGCGCGGCAUGGGCUGGAGCAGCGCCGCCGUGCGCGACUGGGGCGGGUGGGCCUCGAUGGGCCCGUGGUCGUCGUCGGCGGCACCAGCUCGGCCGACAGCAGCAGCGGCGUCGACUGCAGCAGCAGAAGAUGAUCCCGAGCUCCUCCCGCCGCCCAAGCAGCUCGCCCGCUUCCGCCGCCUCAACGCUCAGCGCCCGCCGCACAAGCGCCUGUACGGCGGCUACUACCUCCCGCCCGGCCUGUUCGCGCGCGGCAUGCAGGUGGCCAUCGAGGAAGGGCUCGACGCGAUGGGCCAGGAGGCCAUGCUGUGCCUGCGGCAGGGCGGCGCGAGGUGGGUUUGCCCGGGCGAGAGCGAGGCGGCGGGAGGAGGAGCAGGAGCAGCGGUUGACGAGGGCCAGCUGUACGAGCGAGCGUUUGAGGGCCUGCGGGACCUGCUCAGGGCCGAGGGGCGCGAGGUCGAGCUGAGCGCAUGGUGCGGCGAGGACGACGCGCUCGUGCCGGAGAAGGGGCGACGGUACCUUCGCGCGCUGCUCGUCGACCGGCUCGAGAUGGUCGACCCGAGUCGGUGGCACGAGAUCGAGGACGCAGGGCACGACGACACGCUCGGGUUGUCGUGCGUCAUAGAGCCGUUGCUAGACGACGUCCUGAGAGUGCACGAGCAAUAGAUCCGAGCGUUUCUCUCUC